UUACAAUGAUGAGAGAGAAAAAUUACCACCCAAUAUUGAACACUCCAGCCAAGGAAAAGAAAAGACCAAUGUCGAGUAACCCUUGCUAUGCAACAGACUGGUCGAUUGCCAAUGAAGAGUAUUUCAGAGCCUUAUCUGAUUACAAAAAGUGAACUCCUGAUAAAUCACGGGGUUGCUCCUUAAUAGAAACAUUAGAAAAUGGAAAAAAUAAUGCUAAAAUAUUGUUGAGAAUAGAAGAAAAUGAUAUCGAAGUUCCUCGGAAAACCCUGUAUCUAAUAGAUAAGAUAAUCAGAGAUUGGUCUCAAAAGAAAAUGCUUUCACUGGAAAAUUUGCAAGAAAUAUUCCAAGAGCUACAAAUUAUGAAGAGAGAAAAGCCUAAAAGUCCCCCUAAAAGGUCUAAUUCACGCAAAAAAUCUCAAACUUCACCUCCUAAAAAUAAGCAGAACACAAUAUUGCAACUGGGUCUGACUCAUAAAGAAUGGAGUUAUCAAAAGAAAGUAGAAGAAAAGAUCAAGAACAUACUAAUAGACGAGGAAAAGAGGAUACUUGCUAUGACAAUCACCCACGGAAAGCAAGAACUCUCCAAGGCUCUUCUCACAGGUGAAGAAGCCUACUCUCAAUGGCUUGCCAAGAAAGAAGCCGAAGAUGAGCACAAAAGAGCUUUCAAGCAGCACAACAGACUGGUUAAAAAGCAAGAAAAGAAAAUGAAAUAAAGAAGCGGCUGAAGAAGGAUAUAAAAUAUGGCUUCAGAAAAUAGCUGGCAGAGAGAGAAAAGACAGAAAACUUAAGAGAGCCGAAAGAACCAGAAAGAGACAGGAACAUGCUGCUAAGCUGAUGAAUACAACCAGUAAGGAAGAAGUCAUAUUUGCUCUUAAAUAAAUGGGAAACUCUUAAGGUUAUGACCAAAGCUCAAGAAAGAAAAAGGAGAAAACAAAAACUCUCGAAGAUUAAAAAACUAGAGAAAGCUCAGAGAUAUAGUAGAAAGAAUGAAGAUGAAAUUCUUUGUUACCAUAAGAAUAAGGGUAGGAAGAAGCGGGUAUCUGUUAAGCCAGAACCAGGUCCAAGAGAGACUAUGAUUGCUCAGAGUACCAAUUUCUACAAUUAUGAGAUUGCUAAUGAUUCAAUAUAA